UGUAUGUGUUUUAUGCACAAACUUAUUUCAAUUCGUUCCUUUGAGUCCAUUCCGAUUGGUUGUAAAAGUUUACCAUUUACCUUUGGCUGUAUUUAUAAGCCUAUCCUGGCCUGUAAGAUUUCAUACGUCUUAUUCGUUGCUUGAUUCUUUUGAAUUGUACAUACAUCUAAUUGCAUAUACUUGAGCGAGUGUAACUGGAUUUACGACGGCUACUCUUCGUUUCUUUCAUUCCUACUGUUAUCCCACUUAUGAAAUUGUUUCCUCCCUGUCCGACUACUGCAAGUCGUUCAUUCUGAUACGCUUUCACUUGAUAUACUAUUGCUCGUGUUCACUAUUGUUCACUGGAUUGUGCGAGGGCGCGUCGCUGCGGUUCAAUGGUGUUUGAGCUGUCAUCAAAAGGACGUGAGUGGACGUUCAUUGGACAUAGCAAACCAAUGGUACACGGACACCAUAUGAGGUGCUUUCUUUAAUUAAUUUUGUCAGCUCAUAUGUUUUUUGUUCGGCUACACCCGUUCCCGUUUAUUUGCUGUUGGUGCUGUUUUACACCUCGUGCGACUGCUCGGCCAGGUACGUUGCAGAGGACUUUGGGGUAUUUUUUCGACCGCUGUCGACUCGCGGCUGCCCAAACACGUCGGCUUGAUAAUCUCAAUGUGAUUGUGGUCGGUCGGUCCCACCCCCGCACUUGGAAUAGUUUGCGUGCGGCACGGGACGGGAGAUCAGCACAGAGUGUUCGAUGUACGCGCACGGUCACAGUCAAAAACGCAAGCAGUGAGCGAUAGUGUUGCGCUGCGCGAGGAUGCGGAAGUAUCGUGCUGCUGGUGUGCUCAUUUUUGGAUGAUCACCAGCUUUGCUAGGGAAGCACAGUUUUGGUGAUUAUUUCUUUGGUCUCUAUUCCAAGGAGGAAGAUGAAGCUGUUUACGGUAGUGUUAUGGGUGGAGCUGUGCGUGUUGUAUGUGGUGUUUGCUCGAGAAGAUGAGGAACACAACCGGAUCAAUUACGACAUCUACGUGACGCCAAUCAUGGUGAGCACUAUCGCUGACAACCGGUUUCGUGCAAAAAACCCACUUAUAGCGUGGCUUUCGACUGUGCUGAGCUACAAACCUCCGAGCUUCGGCGUGGAGACACCGAUCAGUUCAACAAUGAAGCCUCCACCACGUGACUGCUCACAGUGUUCUUGUGGUCGAGGUAAGACAAGCUCAAGAAUUGUUGGCGGGGACGCGGCCGAUUUGAAAGAAUAUCCUUGGAUAGUGAUGCUGCUGUAUCGGGGUGCUUUCUACUGCGGCGGUUCGUUGAUCAAUGAUCGGUACAUAGUGACAGCGGCACAUUGUGUGCUAAGCUUCACGCCCCAGCAGCUGUUGGCGAAGUUGUACGAUGUAGAGCACGGGGAAAUGGUUACUCGCGCGAUCGUUAAACUGUACGGUCACGAGCGAUUUAGCCUGGAUACGUUCAACAAUGACAUCGCGUUGGUCAAACUGCAGCAGCCGGUAGAGGCAGGCGGUAGCUUUAUUCCAAUAUGUCUUCCCGUUGCUGGCAGAAGCUUUGCGGGUCAAAAUGGAACUGUUAUCGGUUGGGGAAAGCUAGCGAAUGGGAGUUUGUCGCAAGGAUUGCAGAAAGCGAUAGUGCCAAUAAUUUCCAACAUGCAGUGUCGAAAGUCAAGUUACCGUGCUUCACGCAUCACGGACAACAUGCUCUGCGCAGGAUAUACUGAAGGAGGUAGAGAUGCCUGUCAGGGUGAUAGUGGAGGUCCGUUAAAUGUUGGCGAUAGUAAUUUCCGCGAGCUCGUCGGCAUAGUGUCAUGGGGAGAGGGAUGCGCCCGGCCCAACUAUCCCGGAGUCUACACACGAGUGACGCGUUACUUGAACUGGAUUAAGUCCAACACCAGAGAUGCGUGCGUCUGUGAGCAUUCUAUAGCGUAAUUCUACACGAGCGUCAUGGAGAGCAGAUAACAAUAAAACAAAAUUACCAAACGUAA